AUGUUGACCUUCAAGCGCGCCCUCAUUGCGGCCGCAUUCUUUCUUACAGUCCUCUACCUCACAACAAGGCCAGCCUCGAUAUCACCGUCCACGACAUUAACAAAAGGUGCCCAGGACGGCGCUGCUGAUAAGCUCGCCGCAAACUCGGCCAAGAUAAUUUCGGCCGCAUCAUCAACGGAAGAUGGCAAGAGCAACAGCAGGCUGACCCCCGAGGCUCAGAAGCCCAUGAUGGAUCCGACCAUGAGCUUAUACGACAAGCUGGCCUACCAAUACCCAUACGACGUCGAGACCAAAUUCCCGGCUUACAUCUGGCAGACGUGGAAGUGGACACCCGCCGACGGUGAAUUCAACUUCCGCGCGCAGGAGGCAACCUGGACAGAGCAGCACCCGGGCUUCAUCCACGAGGUCAUCACGGACACGGUUGCCGUCCACCUUCUGCGCCUGCUGUACGCAUCGGUCCCCGAAGUGCUGGAGGCCUACGAUGCUCUGCCGAUGCCCGUGCUCAAGGCCGACUUCUUCCGCUACCUGAUUCUGCUCGCCCGUGGCGGCAUCUACACCGACAUCGACACGUACGCGCUUCGUAGCGCCCUUGAGUGGAUCCCCGAGAGCGUGCCGCGCGAUACCCUGGGUCUGGUUGUUGGAAUCGAGGCCGACCCCGACCGACCCGAUUGGGCGGAGUGGUACAGCCGUCGCAUUCAGUUCUGUCAAUGGACCAUCCAGGCCAAACCCGGCCACCCGGUGCUGCGGGAGAUUGUGACGCGCGUGACGCAGGAGACGCUGAAGCGCAAGCGCACGGGUCAAUUGGGGGGGACGGCCGACAAGGGCGUCGUCGAGUUCACGGGCCCGGCCAUCUGGACAGACGUCAUCUUUGAGUACAUGAACGACGAACGCUACUUCGACAUGACCAACUCCAAGGGCGUCAUUGACUGGCGCAACUUUACUGGCAUGGAGAUGCCCAAGCGGGUCGGCGACGUCAUCGUGUUGCCCAUCACCAGCUUCUCGCCCGGUGUGCAGCAGAUGGGUGCCAAGGACUUUGAUGACCCUAUGGCCUUUGUCAAGCAUGACUUUGAGGGAACAUGGAAGCCCGAGAAUCUGCGUCACAUUGGUGAGCAGAGGGAGGUGGAUCAAAGAUAA